CUGACAACCUUGCUCUGAACAAAACAAGACUGAGGACUUUGAAAUUGGAUAUUUUUUUUAAAAAAGCAUUAACUUGCAAUUCAACAGAUUACAUUUUUAAGGCUAUGUAUUUACUUGGAAAUCACUGCACUGCUACAGUGAAGUGAGCGAGUGUAAGAGAGACAGCAGCAGCAGCAAGUGUCAUCUGGUCUUCCAACUUGGGGAGGGCUUUGGAGUUUAAAAUGGUGUGAAUAUGAUAGCCAUCUCUAACCAUCGGUAUAUGCAAGUGGAGAUCUGUCUGCACCAUUGAAAGUUGACAGUUCAGAGGCACUAAUCUGACAAAAAGACGGUGUAAAUCAACAACAGCACAACGAUUUUGGAUAUCAACAAGUAAAAACUGUUGGGACUCGGAGCAAAAAAGGGACUUUGCCUGAAUCUCGGGCGGCUGCAUGAGAAAGAGGGUUGGGAGGUCGCACGGGCAAGAAGGCAAGAAGAAGGCACCAAGGAGGUGAGUGACGGAUUUACCCUCCGAGGGGUAAAAAAGAUGACUGUGGUGUCCCAGGAGAACCACGAUGAGACUGUGGUCGUUACUCCUUUGUUGCAAGACGCUGUUGACUUGGAACCAGCGGACCAGGAGUGUAGCGAGAGGGUGGUCAUCAACAUCUCCGGUCUGCGCUUUGAGACGCAGUUAAAGACCCUCUCCCGCUUCCCCACCACGCUCCUGGGAGACCCGCGUAAAAGGAUGCGUUUCUUUGACCCGCUAAGAAAUGAAUACUUUUUUGACAGGAACAGGCCGAGCUUUGAUGCCAUUCUGUAUUAUUACCAGUCGGGCGGGAGGCUGCGGAGGCCAGUGAGUGUGCCUGUGGAUAUUUUCCUGGAAGAAAUAAAGUUUUAUGAACUCGAGGAAGAGGCCAUAGAGCUUUUCCGAGACGAUGAGGGCUUGGCGAGGGAAGAGGAGCGCCCGCUGCCCACCAAUGAGUUUCAACGCCAGUUAUGGCUCCUGUUCGAGUAUCCAGAGAGUUCAGGACCUGCGCGGAUAAUCGCCAUUGUGUCAGUUAUGGUCAUUUUGAUAUCCAUUGUUAUAUUCUGCUUGGAGACAUUACCCGAGUUUAGAGAAGUCUCUGCAGGGCUGGACAACAACGUCAAUGGAAGCGCUCACGGCAAAGCGCCCAGCCCAUUCACAGACCCGUUUUUCAUGGUGGAGACACUUUGCAUUGUGUGGUUCUCUUUUGAAUUCACCAUGAGGUUUCUCUCGUGUCCCAGCAAAGCAGCUUUCUUUAAAAAUCUAAUGAACCUGAUCGAUGUUGUGGCCAUAGCUCCGUAUUUCAUCACCCUGGGCCUUGAUCUCGCAGAACAUCAGGGCAGCAGCCAGCAGGCUGCGUCUCUGGCCAUACUAAGGGUCAUCCGUCUGGUCCGUGUUUUCAGGAUUUUUAAACUCUCCAGGCACUCCAAGGGUCUCCAGAUUCUCGGCCAAACGCUUCACGCAAGCCUCAGGGAGCUGGGACUGCUCAUAUUCUUCCUGCUAAUCGGGGUGGUUUUAUUCUCCAGUUCGGUUUAUUUUGCAGAAGCAGAAGACCCCGAGUCUGGAUUUUCAAGUAUACCUGAUGCGUUUUGGUGGGCUGUGGUGACAAUGACCACAGUUGGUUAUGGAGACAUGUGUCCCUCCACCAUUGGGGGGAAAUUCGUUGGAUCUCUGUGUGCCAUCGCCGGAGUACUCACCAUAGCUUUACCGGUCCCUGUUAUAGUGUCAAAUUUCAAUUAUUUCUACCACAGAGAGAACGAGGAGGAGGAUAAUGUUCAGUACGUUCACGUGACCUGCGGGCAGCAGCAACAACCCUCCCUAGGUGAAUGUGAUUCAAACAAAAGUAACCAGUCGCUCGCCAAAACGGAGUCCUUUCAGGAAAGCGACGACCGGGAAACUUGGACAUAUCCAAACAUAAACCCACUGGAGGAAUACACGGGGAAACUGACAGAUGUAUAAAGACGAUGUGCUUUCCCCCCCCUGGAGGCAGAUGAUUAAAGUGAAGCUCGUUGUUCCCCUCAGAGUCGCAACAAAAUACACGUGUGGCAUUCUCUUCUCCAGAGUACUGGAUCAUUUUCUCACGGAUUAUUCUUGCAUUGCCAGUGAUGUAGCCUACAGAGACCUCACGGUGGAAACGCUUGGGAAAAGGCUCAGUCUGCCGUAAUGGACACUUUGUGUAUCAUCAGUAGAGAAAAACAACAUUCUUUUGUGUAGGCUUUAUAAAUGACCACGCUUUCUUUGUAUAAAAAGCCUUGUGUAUAUACAGAGUUUUUGUAAAUCUGACUUUCCCCUUUUCUUGUGCAGCUUAUGAUGCAAAGUUAGACUCGCAACUUACAAACAUGCAGAUUGCAUUGCAGCUCGCUGUAAACAACAUAGCCAAACGCAUUAUACUGCAACGUCUGCAUGACAUGAAUUCAUUGUGAAAUUUUAAAUGUAAUAAAAUAUUUAUUUUUCUAAUUUAAACAUGUAUGUGAACUUAACUUAAUCCUUUUUAUAAAUAAAUUAUG